AUGAACGGGUCAACGGCCACUCUAUAUGGCCCGGAGGAGGAAGAGAUGACCACCCUCCACGGGAAUCAGGGAUAUCGAGGCGUGAAUCCUACUAGCCCGAGCACCUUCGACUUCCAUUUCCAAGAUAUUCCAUCUCCGAGACCGAGAGUCCCCUUUCGAGCCGGCCAUACGGCAAGCCCCCGUUACAGUCCACCCGAUUAUGCCUCACAGGGCUGGCUACAGCCGACACCCAGAACCUCCGAUGUGCCCGAGGCAUGGGCCAAUUCUCCCUAUGACUCUCGUUCGACAUCACCAACAUUGUACCAAAAUACUCCGGUUCAACAGAGCGCCCAAAGUUUAGCGCCACUAGUUAACACCCCUGCCUCGCCGGGCUUUUCCAAGGAGUGGGUACAGACGGGUGCCUCGUCAAUUGCGCGUAUCAACGACCGCGACGACGCUGAGAUCUGGAAAGGAUGGAAGCGGUGGAUUUUCUUCCUGACCCCGUUCCUCACCUUCGGCAACACUGCCAUCUAUCUGUUUUAUCUCGGUUUGCGGAUCUACUGCAUCAUUCAAGCACAGAAUGCCGCUGGGAUCAGCUACGCGGGCGCCUGGGUCUUUGUUGCCAUUGAGAUUGCUGUUGCCAUUCCCUCUCUCAUGCACAACUGCUGGACAAUGCUGGCCUUGAAGAAACGCGGUCGCGCGAGACUGCGCUUGACUGGAAACGAUUGUCCGACCGUGGAUGUCUUUGUGACCUGUUGCGGUGAAGAUGACGAGGUCGUUCUCGAUACCGUUCGGGCCACCCUGGACCAAGAUUAUCCGCAAGACCGAUUCCGGGUGAUUGUGCUCGAUGACGCCAAAUCCGCAACUUUGGAAGAAUCGGUCAACCAGCUCUCGGCAAGCCACCCUAACAUGUACUAUAUGGCCCGAGAGAAAAUCCCUGGAAAGCCCCAUCACUUCAAGGCAGGUAAUCUGAACUACGGUCUGGAUCAGGUGCACAAUCUGCCUGGAGGCGCAGGUCAAUUCAUGGCGGCGCUGGACGCUGAUAUGAUUCCCGAGCAAGAAUGGCUUCGUGCGGUGCUUCCCCACUUAUUGGUGGAGCCCAAGAUGGCCCUUGCAUGCCCUCCGCAACUCUUCUACAAUACCCCUGCGUCUGAUCCCCUCGCCCAGAGUCUGGACUUCUUCGUGCAUGUCAUUGAGCCAAUCAAGGAUGCCCUCAGCGUUGCUUGGUGUACCGGUUCAGGCUACGUCGUGCGUCGCGAAGCCUUGGAAGAAAUUGGCAAUUUCCCACUUGGUUCCUUGGCAGAGGAUGUAGCAACUUCGACUUUGAUGCUUGGCAAAGGUUGGAAAACCGCAUACAUCCAUGAGCCGCUGCAAUUUGGUACUGUUCCCGAGGACUUUGGUGGUCACUUGAAGCAGCGCACUCGAUGGGCCAUUGGAACCGUGGACACAGCUUUCAAGCUGAAGUUCUGUAUCUGGGGUGAUGCCGUCCGUCAGAUGACCUUUGCUCAGCGUUUCUCUGGUUUCCUCUACGCUACCUUGAGUUUGUACACUCUUCUGCUCACGGCUUCUCUGUUCGCUAUCCCCAUCAUUCUCUUGUGGGGUAAGCAGCUUGUUGCCUACGCCAACCAGGACGAGCUUCAUUGGCUUAUCUGGGCGUGUUUCGCGGCGACCCUGAGCAACCGUCUUUGUGAGUUUGCGCUGUUCAUUCCUGCAGGCUACAACACUGGUCAGCGAGGUUCUCGCUACCAGCUGUGGAUGUCGCCCUACAUCGCUAUUUGCAUCGUCCGCUCCUUCAUGCUGCCCAAGUGGCUGGGUGGCCAAACCCAGGCUUUCAAGCCUACUGGUUCCCUGGGCUCUACCCUUAACGAGCGUGACCCUAAGACCCGCAAGAACUUGUUUGUUCGUCUGCGCGUCAUUCUAUUCAACUACAUGGCUCUUUUCCACUUUGCAUUCGUCUAUGUUACUCUCGUCGCGGUAGUCAUCUCCUCUUACCGCUGUUUCGCCGUCACGAGUGGCUUCAAGGGCGUUGUGAUCUGCUUGAUCACACAUGCCUUCUGGCCCCCAUUGACGUUCCUUUUCAUCUGCACUUCUCUGUGGACGCCGGUCUCCUACGCUAUCGACCCCCCGUCGAUGCCGGAACGCGAGGACCUCUUGACCCGCGACCCAAAGACUGGUGUGGCCCACCCGACCACCAAGAGCAAGAAGAUUGCUUUCGGUGGUCAGGCCGCUUGGUUUGAGCUUCAGUACACGGUCGCCACGGUCGCCACGAUCCUGAUUUUUGUUUACUCUUUCUUUUGGUAA